AAAAAGACUGAAUGUCUUAAAUAUAUGGAUCGUGAAAAGUACUUACUUUUUAAAAUUUAUGGUGUAUUAUCGACAAAUAGAACGGCAACAAUUGUUCCUGAAAAAUUUGAGUCUGUUACAUUCAGUUUCCACGAUAAAAUUACAAUCAACGACUUUUAUUGUGAAGAUAUUUUUGAAAAUAAAGCAAAACUUAUUUUGGAUCAACUUGUAAAAACAAAUAUAUUACAAAUUGAUAACGAUGAAUGUUAUCGAUUGAAGGUUCAACAAUUAAAUGCUGUUCAGUUAUUGAAUAAUGAAAUUUAUGAAAAUGCAGUUGAUGCAAUAUUAGCAAAAUGUUUCAAUUAUCGAUGUGCAUUCAAUUCAAUAGUGAAUCAAUUGAAAACAAAAUCACCAAUAAUUCAAAUACCAUUAUUAAUUAAUCCACAUAAUAAUGUAAUGAAUGAAUUAAUCAGAAAUAAUAUAAUUAAACCAUUUCGUAUUAAAAAACGUAUUGAUAUUGAAAGUAAAAUCAAAGAUAUAUUUGAGCGACCCAAUACAAUACCAGUAUUUGACUAUGUAUGCAAACAAUAUCAAAAAUUAAGGGGAGUUGAAGAAACUGAUUUAGCAAAAACAAUAAAACGUAUAUUAAAAAAGGAUUCAUUAUCCAUUGAUGAAUUUAUUCCAUCAAUCAGUUAUAACUUACAGUAUUUAUCUGGAUCUAUAAAUGUAUUAGAAGCACCAGAUAGCUUUUUUUAUUCAAUAACAGAAUACAUUCAAAAAGGGGAUUUUUCAAAUUACUUAGAAAUGUAUGUGUUUAAAUUGCAUUGUUUAGACGAUUUAAUUAGAUUUAAUGAGAAAAAAUAUACAUGGAAAAUGAUAAUUUGGACAUCAGCGAUAUUUUUGUUUGGUCUUGCACAAGUUAUUAUAGGUGCAUUUAUUGAAAGUUAUUCAGCUGGUUUAUUCACUCAUGUGGCUGGCGCUUUAAUUAGCGAAGGUUUAUCCGACAUUAUGUAUGCAAUGGGUGCAUUACAUUCAGGAUAUUUCAGUUUAAAACAAUACAUAAACUAUAAAGUUUGCAGCUUAUUAUUUUCAAUUACAACAGCUGGAAUUGCGGCAUUUAUAUCGAGAGGUGUACGUGUAUCCCGAACUGGGUAUAAAUUAUUUGGUAAUACAAAUAAAAAAUUAUUAGAAAAAAGUGGUCAAAAUUUAAUAGAAACAGUUGGAAAAGAAACUGUAUUUAAAGAAAUACAAAAGCGUAUACUUUGUCAAACAAUGGAAGGUAUUUUAUUCGGUUUAGCAAGCGCAGAAAUUGAUAGUAUUUGUAAUAAGUAUAUCAGUGAUAUAUGUGAAAAUAUUUGUACAAGUGUUUGUUCAGGAUUUGCUAAUUCGGCUUUGCAAACAAAUACACAUCCAAUAUCAGAUACAAUAAAAACUUUAUAUAACACGUAUGGUAAAGAUCAAACAAAGGCGAUUAUUAACCGAUUUACACAAAUUAUACUUGGUAGUGAAAAUAAUCUUCGAGAAAUUGUAAAUAUAUCAGCGAAUUUGAUCAAUGUAAUAAAUAGUGGUGUCUGCGGCGGAGUCGUUAAACGGCAAAUGGCUCUUAAUAAUAAAUAUGUUUUUUUAUUUCAAAUUACACAAUUGUUUGCUGAAUUAAUACGUAAAAUGAGUCUAGUAUUAGAAGUACUUGACAUAGCAUUAAUAAUGGAUGGAUUUUUAGAUAAUUUAAAUAAUGAAUUAAUUAUUUAUUUAAAUGCUAAUAAUAUUCAAAAAAAUUGUGAUUCUGUUGAUAAUGAAUACCAAGAAUUUCAAGAGGAAUUAUUAACAAUGUGGAAAACUGAAUUUGGUAGACAGACAAGUUAUUUACUUACUAAUUCUAUUCGAUCAACGUUAAAUGGCGCCGUACGAUCCUUAUAUUAUUGUGCCAAAGAAUAUUUAAAAAAUCGAAAGAAAACAAAAUUAAAUGAACUGGCUAAGAAAGAAAUUAAAAAAUUACAUAGUGAAUAUCAAGAAAAUUUAGAAAAUUUAAUCGAUUCAGAUGGAUCACCAGAAGAAAUUGAAUUUCUUAAUAAAGAAUAUCAUAAAAAAUUAUAUAAAUGUCUUUCAAAUGUAACAGAUCCAAUAUUGUACGCAAAAUUAAUGAUGGAAAAUAUUCCAAUGGAUACCGUAUGUGUAGAAGCAUUAAUUUCAUUGUUCCAUGAUUUAGGUCUAGAAAAAGUUCAAAUUAUUGUGGAAAGAGAUGAUACGGAUAUGAGUCAGACGUUCGGAGAAGAAGGUGGUGAUGUUAUUAAUCUUAAAUUAAAAAAUAACCACUUUUAUAUUGAAGGCGAUAAUACAUCAAAUUUGGGCUAUGAUUGCUUGUAUGAAGCAAUUUCAAGACUAUAUCCAGAAAUACAACAACUUAUGAAUGCAAAAACUUUCCGUCAAGAAGUAUGUAAUCGAAUUGCAACAGAUCCAAAUAUUCAUUAUACAUUAUCACAAAACUGGCAUAAAUAUUUUAUAUUAAGUGGAGGAUAUGGAGGUGCUAAACGUGAAUUAGUUACAAAAGAAAUUACAGAUGUAAAUAUUCGUACAGGCAAAAUAAUAACACCGCAAGAAUCCCAGAAACAAAUAUCUGAUGCACUGAAUAUAGCUUUAAAUAAUUUAAAUCGUGAAUUACAACGAAUAGCUAAAAAUCCAUUAAUACAGGUGAAACCGUCUGAUUUUCGUACGACAUAUGUAGACACGGUUUUGGAAUCUUCUGGUUUGGGUACACAUGAAUUAAAAUUGUGUCCAGUUGAAAUGAUAGCUGAAAUUACUGUGAUAGAUCCGAAAACUAAGCAACCAAUCAAAUACACACUUGAAUUAAAUAUAGAUAAUCCAACUGAAGCAAAUAAUGGACCUGAAGGUCCACAUAUUGGAUAUUCAUUAAAGGGUGCAAAUGUUGCAAAAGUGGCACAUGUUUUUAUUGACUAUAAUCCGCAUAUACCUGAUAGAGCACGAGGAUCAACAAUUAGAAGAAAUACAAAUGAUUUUCCAGAAAUUAAAAAUUUAUUUAGAGGGCCUGGCGACACUAUAUUCAAAAGAGUUUCUCCUAGUAAAAACAAGGAACAUUUUAAGGGUCACCAGUUUUCAUUUACACCAAAUGACUAUGGUGGAUAUUAUCAUGAUUUUAAAAACAACUAAGGCUUAUAGGUCUUCGGCAAUUUUACACAGCUUGUUCGUUCGUAUACAAUCUAAGACAAAACGCAAGUUGAGACGCAGUUUAGUGAUGUGACCUGACGUGUGCUUCUUUAGAUGGAUAGUGUGUCAUAAUGCAAGCACUGACAAAUUCAACACUGUCUGUACAAGGAAUUUCAACACUUAACUCAUUUACUGGCUGUCGUAUAUAAUAAGUGUAUAUGUAUACAUAUGAUUAUUACAAGGAUAGGGGAACUCACUAGCAGUCUUCUCUGUAAGCCCGGUUCUCUAUUUGUAUUAUCUCUAUGUUUUAUACUUUAAAAUUAUACUAACUAGAUUUGCAACAGAGUGGGAACUACCUCUCCAAGAUGAUUGAGAAGGAUAAUAAAUCACGAAGUAUGAUUAUUAAUGCGUAUGUCUUAAUAUACAAUAUAAUAUACUGGCGCGUAUUCUCAACAUAAUAAUUGCCAUUUAAUAAAUAUUUAAUAAUUAAACUUUUCUAACCUGUGAUACAUAUUAAAAUAUUCCUUGUAAAUAAAACAAUAUCUAACCAUUUGUUAGAACUUUUAUACAUAAUUAAUUAAACAAAUAGUAACUAUUGAAGCGACUGACUUCCGUCAAUACGAUCAUGCGCAUUGAAUACCAUGCUCUGUUAUUGUGUUUCUCUGUCAGCUAUUUGAAUAUUGUAUUGUUAUCUUUGUUAAUCUUCUCUGUGAAGCAAAAAUUUACAUACUUAGGCCUACACGAUGGGCCGGGCCUAUCUAUUAAUAGAUUAUCAAAGGUUUUAUAACUACUGUCAGCAAUAUGGCGUUGAUCCCCCAGCUUAUCAAUUUUAUACAAAAAAUUAAAAUUU